AUGUUCCCUUACCCAUCAGGAAGCGGUUUACAUGUUGGUCAUAUUCGUAAUUAUACUAUCACUGAUUCCUUAGCUCGCUUUUAUCGCCUAAAAGGAUAUAAUGUCCUAAUGCCGAUUGGCUGGGAUGCUUUUGGACUGCCGGCCGAACAAUAUGCUAUUCGAACUAAUAACCAUCCCGCCACUUUUACCCAAAAAAACAUUGAAAAUUAUAAGCAGCAAUUAUUAAAAAUGGAAGAAUUAUCCGAGCACAAAGAAAUACCGGUUUAUUGGUGCGAAAGACUAGGAACAGUCUUGGCAAAUGAGGAAAUAAAAAAUAUAGAAGGUAAAAAAGUUUCUGAACGGGGAAAUUAUCCAGUAGUAGAAAAAAAAAUUCCUCAAUGGGUUUUAAAAAUUACUCAGUAUGCUCCACAACUGCUUACCGUGGCUGAAAAAAAACCGACUAUCCCAGUUUUCACAACCCGAUCAGACACUAUUUUUGGGGUAGUAGCGAUUGCUUUAUCAAUUAACCAUCCUUUAGUUUCUGAAAUUACUCUACCAGAAUACCAAAAAAAAGUAGCCGAUUUUUUUUGGCAAAAGAGUUUUUUUAAAGAGUUUGAGGAACAAGAAAACGAAAAAAUACCGAUUUGGAUAACCAAUUUUGUGGUUGGUGAUUAUGGUACUGGAGUUGUCAUGAUAGCCCCUUAUUUUUCCAACGAACAAGACUGA